CUUUCGGAGCAAAGUUUGGCCAUCGCCCGGGGGAGCAACAACAAGAGCCCGGCUUUGGAGGAGCCCAUGAACUUGCUUUAUGAUAUGAACGACUGUUACUCCAAACUGCGGGAGCUGGUGCCUGGGAUCCCGCAAGGUACCAAGGUGAGCCAGGUGGAGAUCCUCCAGCAUGUCAUCGACUACAUCUUCGACCUCCAGAUCGUGUUGGAGGAGGGGGCCAAGGGCCGCGACCCCUCUUCCGAGGCCACCCUGCUCUCCCUUAAG